CGCAGGUUACACCCUCAGGCAGGUUCGAGUUCAGCUGCGUUGUCAAACCUCCGCAGUAUCCGACGCUUCUGCGGGGAAUCGCGAAACACAGCAUAAAACAUCCUGCACAGCCGAUCACAUCCACUAACCCAGCAUGUGAAUGGCACUGGCGUCUGCGGGAAAGUCACGCUCAGUCACCGCGAUGGCCAAGGGUGAGAGAGCAAUGGAGAUCAACACGGCCGGGCUCCUCAAAAACCCCGACUCACUCCUCAGCAAAGUCCAACCCCAGGUGAGCCCUGACCAGAGACUGUCAGUGUUUAGCAAGCUGUGUUUUGCCAUAGGAGGGGCUCCCAUCCAAAUAGCUGGGAGUGCCACUGGAUUCUUCCUGCAGAUCUACCUACUGGACGUUGCCCAGAUCAGCCCCUUCCAGGCCUCCGUGGUGCUGUUCGUUGGGAAGGUUUGGGGUGCUGUUUCUGAUCCAGUCAUCGGCUUUUUCAUCAGCAAGAGCAGAUGGACAAAGAUUGGAAGACUUAUGCCUUGGAUGGUGGCUUGUACCCCCUUCGUGGUGAUCUCCUACUUCUGCCUCUGGUACGUUCCUCCCUUCAUCAGUGGGAGGGUCGUCUGGUACCUUGGCUUCUACUGCAUCUACCAGACCCUCAUUACGUGCUUCCAUGUGCCAUACUCAGCCCUCACCAUGUUCCUGAGCACCGAGCAGAAGGAGAGGGACUCAGCAACAGCCUACAGGAUGACGAUGGAGGUGCUGGGUACUCUGCUGGGGGCUGCUAUCCAGGGCCAGAUCGUGGCCAACGCCCACUCGCUCAAACACUGCCGCAACCAAAGCCUCGGGGCCACUCAGCUGGGAAAUGGGACGGCAGCGGAGCAGGUCACUCCGAUCGUCAGGAGCCUGUCACCUUCUCUGGACAUCCUGUCGUACGUGCAGAAGGAGCUGUACAUGAUCGCCGCCGGCGUGAUAGCCGCACUCUUUCUCCUCUGCACCGUGGUCAUGUUACUCGGAGUCAAAGAGAAAGACGAUCCGUACGCACCGAGCACGGAGAAGCCCAUCCCUUUCCACAAAGGUUUCUGCCUGGUGAUGAGACACGGGCCGUACCUCACGCUCACGGGCGGCUUCCUCUUCAUAACUGUGGCCAUACAGCUGGUCCAGAGCAAUUUCAUCCUGUUCUGUACGUAUGCUGCUGAUUUAAGAGAUCACUUCCAGAACAUCGUGUUAACGAUCCUGCUGUCGGCGGCGGUUAGCAUCCCUCUUUGGCAGUGGUUUCUCCAGAGGUUCGGGAAGAAGACAGCCGCUUACUGUGGCAUCUCCUCCAUCAUCCCCUUCAUGAUCUUGCUGGUCCUCGUUCCCAACCUCACCGUGGCGUACGUGGUCGCCGUCUCGUCUGGGCUCAGCGUGGCCGCAUCCUUGUUGUUGCCAUGGUCAAUGCUACCAGAUGUGGUGGAUGACUUCAGGCUGAUGAAUCCCUUCUCGAAGGGCCACGAGGCCAUUUUCUACUCCUUCUAUGUUUUCUUCACCAAGUUUGCUGCAGGAAUUUCACUCGGAGUCUCUACACUAUGUCUCGAGUUUGCAGGAUAUUUGCCCAGAGUGUGUCAACAGCACCCCCUUGUGGCCUACACACUGAAGUUGCUGAUCGGGAUGGCACCCGUCGCCUUCAUUGUCAUGGGGCUGGUGCUUCUCCUCCUCUACCCGAUCAACGAGAAAGUGCGGGUUAGGAACAAGUUCGCUCUCGCCGAGCUCAGAAAACAGAGCCUCAGCUCGAGAAUUCAGACAGAAGACCUGAAUCAUGUGGGGAGUCAUCACCUGUAACAGUGCAUCCGUCUUCCAGACGGACCGCAUGGAGCGUUAUUAGUGUAUAUUACACUGUGUAAACUUGACAUUGUAUGUUAUACUCAUUUCUGUUGUGAUUUCAUCUACACUUGUUAACUUAGAUCCAUAUAUAAUAUAUAAAUAUACACACAAAUAAUGUGUUUAAUGUAUAUUUUUCCUCAAAUAAAAUGUAUUACGGGAUUAUAAACACGAGAAUUUAUCAGUAACAGUGAAUAUAUUUAAUGAUCAAUAAAUGCUGUUCGAGUAUCAACCGGA